GCCAGGUUGCAAGAGCUACACACUGCGGCUCUGUCCGGUCACGGCAGAGAGGGGUGUCCUACUAACUUCACCAAAACUUUCACGAAACUCAGUCAUCAGAAAAACACUGACUGAAUGACAAAAGUGUCGCAACUCGCUUCACUCCUGCUUUAAUGAAACUUUAACUACUUUAUGUUGCUUCUUAUUUUUUCUGAUUUUUACCUAAGACCGAGGCACUGGCCGCACAUCCAGUUUGAUAAGUUUUGAAUGAGCCGGGUCACGUUUGCGUAAAGAUUUUUGUCUCUUUUCCCCCCUUAUUUUAAUUUCACGUUGGGAUAACGUUUUUUGUUUUUUGUCAUUUAAGACUCGUGAUGGCUGUCCUGUCACUAGCUUUACUACUUGUAGGACUGACUUCAGCUGCCAAGGCUGGUGAAGUAGAUAGAGAGGACCAGUUGAAGAGCCGGCUGAAAGAAUACGGCCUGGUCACCCCCUUCAGCACCGACUCCCACGGACACUACCUGUCACACCUGCUCUCCGCCACUCACAAGCAGCGUGUUAAGAGGGAGGUGCUUGAAAACGGUGAAACUGAACAGAGGCUUUUCUUCAACAUCACUGCCUUCGGAAAGGAGUUUCACCUUCGUCUGCGGCCGAACAGCAGGCUGGUGGCGCCUGGCGCGAUGGUGGAGUGGCAUGACGAGGUCCCGGGAUUCAGAAACGGCAGUGGUGGCAACGAUUCUAGCGUGGGCGCCAACCAGACUGAAUCCACCAAUGGCACGGAGAGGAUACUGCGCCGUGAGCUGCUCAAGACCGACUGCACCUUUACCGGUGACAUCACAGACGUCCCCGGGGCCUCGGUUGCCAUUAACAACUGCGAUGGGUUGGCUGGGAUGAUUCGCACCGAAUCGGAUGAGUACUUCAUCGAGCCGCUGGAGAAAGGCACUCAGGAGCUGGAGGACCAGGGCAGGGUCCACGUGGUUUACCGCAGGUCAGCUCUGCUGCAGACUCCCUUGGACAUCUCUGUGGAUUACCAGCUACAAGAACCGGAGCUCGAUGUUCCCGGGAGCCUCGACUCAGUAACCCGACAGGUGAAUGAGACGGUCCGGCGCCGCAGACGGAGGGACGCUGGAGAGGACGACUACAACAUCGAAAUCCUGCUGGGAGUCGAUGACUCAGUGGUCCGAUUUCACGGCAAGGAGCAUGUGCAGAAUUACCUCCUCACACUGAUGAACAUAGUGAAUGAGAUUUACCAUGACGAGUCUCUGGGAGUCCACAUCAACGUGGUUCUGGUCAGGAUGAUUAUGCUGGGGUAUGCCAAGUCCAUCAGCCUCAUUGAGAGAGGCAACCCAUCGCGGAGCCUGGAGAACGUGUGCCGCUGGGCCUUUGUGCAGCAGAAAGGCGAUCCCGAUCACGCCGAACACCACGACCACGCAAUUUUCCUCACUCGCCAAGGCUUCGGCCCCACAGGGAUGCAGGGUUACGCUCCGGUCACAGGAAUGUGCCACCCAGUCCGGAGCUGCACCCUGAACCACGAAGACGGCUUCUCCUCCGCCUUUGUUGUGGCUCAUGAGACCGGACACGUGUUGGGCAUGGAGCACGAUGGCCAAGGCAACCGCUGUGGGGACGAAACGGCGAUGGGAAGCGUGAUGGCCCCACUGGUGCAGGCGGCCUUCCAUCGAUACCACUGGUCAAUGUGCAGCGGGCAGGAGCUGAAGCGAUACAUCCACACGUAUGAUUGUCUCCUGGAUGACCCCUUCAAACAUGACUGGCCGGAGAUUCCUGAACUUCCUGGCAUCAACUACUCGAUGGAUGAGCAGUGUCGAUUUGACUUCGGGGUCGGCUACAAGAUCUGCACUUCUUUUCGCACAUUUGACCCGUGUAAACAGCUGUGGUGCAGCCACCCAGACAACCCCUACUUCUGUAAAACCAAGAAAGGGCCACCUCUCGAUGGGACCGAGUGUGCACCUGGAAAAUGGUGCUACAAAGGUCACUGCAUGUGGAAAAACCCUAAUCAGGUCAAGCAAGAUGGUGCCUGGGGCUCCUGGAGCAAAUAUGGUUCCUGCUCACGCUCCUGUGGAACUGGAGUUCGAUUACGGACCCGUCAGUGCGCCAACCCUGCCCCAUCGAACGGCGGCCAGGACUGCCCAGGAGUAAACUACGAGUACCAGUUGUGCAACGCAGAUGACUGUCCCAGGCACUUUGAAGAUUUCAGAGCUCAGCAGUGCCAGCUCCGCAACUCCCACUUUGAAUUCCAAAAUGCCAAACACCACUGGCUGCCCUACGAGCAUCCUGAUGCAAACAGGAGAUGCCACUUGUAUUGCCAGUCCAAGGAGACAGAAGAUGUGGCGUACAUGAAGGUGCUGGUGCAUGAUGGGACACGAUGUUCUUACAAGGACGCCUACAGCAUCUGCGUGCGUGGAGAGUGUGUGAAAGUUGGCUGUGACAGAGAAAUUGGCUCUAGCAAGGUUGAGGACAGAUGUGGGGUUUGCGGUGGAGACAAUUCUCACUGCCGCACCGUCAAAGGAACCUUCACCCGCACGCCGAAGAAAGCUGGUUACCUUAAGAUGUUUCUCAUUCCUCCUGGAGCUAGACAUGUGAUCAUCCAAGAACAUGAGGCCUCCCCUCACAUUCUUGCAAUCAAGAACCAGGCGACGGGGCAUUACAUCCUCAACGGCAAAGGAGAGGAGGUCAAGUCCAGAAGCUUCAUCGACUUGGGCGUUGAAUGGCAUUACAUCAUCGAGGGCGACGUAGAGACGCUGCAGACCGAUGGCCCUCUGCACGACCCCGUGGUGGUGCUGAUUAUACCAAAGGACAAUGAGACACGGUCGACUCUGAUGUAUAAGUACAUCAUCCAUGAAGAUUCGGUGCCCAUCAACAAUAACAAUGUCAUCCAGGAGGAGACCUAUGAGUGGGCUCUGAAGAGCUGGUCUCCGUGUUCCAAGCCAUGUGCUGGAGGGUUUCAGUACACCAAGUAUGGAUGUCGGAAAAAGGGAGACACCAAGAUGGUUCAUCGAGGCUACUGCGACGCUGGCAAGAGGCCCAAACCCAUCCGAAGAAUGUGUAACCUUCAGGACUGCACACAGCCUCAAUGGAUCUCAGAAGAAUGGGAGCACUGUACCAAAACCUGCAGCAGCCUAGGCUUUCAGAUCCGAACCGUUCGCUGCGUACAGUUCCUGCAUGAUGGCACGAACCGCUCCAUCCACAGCAAAUACUGCAGCGGCGAGAAGCCUGAGAGUCGAAGGCCCUGUAACAGAGUGCCGUGUCCUGCCCAGUGGAGGACCGGAGCCUGGUCAGAGUGUUCUGUGACGUGUGGAGAGGGGAUAGAAAGGCGUUUGAUCACCUGCCGGAUUGGAGAUCAGUGUAACGGAGAAAAGCCCGAAAACGUGAGGCCGUGCAAACCUGGACCCUGCCACGAUGAGCCGUGUAAUGGGGACAAAUCCAUCUUCUGCCAAAUGGAGGUGUUAGCGAGAUACUGCUCUAUCCCAGGCUACAGCAAGCUGUGCUGCGACUCCUGCAGUAAGCGCACCGGAGCCCUGUCUAUGUUCUCGGAGGCGGCUGAGACCGAGGAACACGUUCGCUUCGGAUCAGCCUCGCAGCUCCUUGAGACGUUAACGGCCGCAGUAGCGGCCAACGGCACUCGCGGUGGGAAACAAGGCGCGGGCAAAGGAUCCGCCACAUCGGGCGGUGCAGCAAAACACAUCACCACGCCUGCUCCAGUUAAGAAAACCCCAUCAAAGAUCGCUACAGCACCAAGGCGGGUUCCACGACAUACGGACCUCACUGACAGGAAGCUGUCCACCCAGGCUGGUCCUACUCGGGGUCAAAGGUCAAGCAGUUUGGUGGACAGUCGGCAGCCUGUGGCAUAUUCUGAAGUGGAGCGAUGAAAGUCAUAGCUUUUGCCUUUAGGACUCGUAAUGUACAGUAGAUAAUCCAGCUUCAUCCUGAGUCUUCUCAUACCAGAAAACACAGAGAAAGAAAGAAAAGUGCUGGUUCACUUUGUAAGAAUUUGACCCUGAUACGGACUCUAAAUAUCUCUUUAACCACCUGCAGCUUCCAGAUUGCUGAGGCUGAAACAGCCGUGCUACUUUGCCCUCAUACUUCUAUAUUAAUAUGAAACAAAUAUGAAAUCAUUUCAAGGUGUAGGGGCACGUGAGCCACGGGGAGUUUUCAACCGUGUCAAAUGAAAAGCUAAAUUACGUUCGUAGUGAAUACUUUCAGGGAUACAAAACAGCCAAAGGACAGUUCAGUAUUCAAAAGAUGUUUGUCGCUCUGACUCAUACAUUCCCGAUGUCUGACAUUUAUUUCAUUUUAUCACCUUGUUCACUUGUUCAGGCAAAUGUUUCUCUAAUGUCACCUGCACAGUGAAAACUGAGAGAGCAGGUGGAGGAAGGUGUCUGCAUUCCCCCUCCGGACGAGCGGUCGUCUGGUCUCGUUACUGAAUAAACCAGACCGCUGCUGCCUGCAGAGCAGCUAUGCUGCUGCAGGUAUCCAGAGAGAAAGUGUGAGCAGGUGCAGAGACCAGAGCUAAUCCAGCUGUGUAGAUUUAGUAGAACUCAGAGAGUAAAUAGAUGCAAGAAUUGGUUUAAAUGCCUCUUGCAUUUCAGUUCAUUUAAAAGUGACUCCACUAAAGGCCACCCAUAUGGAAAAACUUCUAUGAUUUACUCAUGAAAGUGGCCACUUUCUCAUUACUUUCAUAUAUUGUUUUAGUAUCCAA